AUGGAGCUGUUGGUGUUUCCUCUUUUGGGCGCUGGCAUCUCUGGCUAUGAGGCCUCGGACGCUGCAGCGCCGGGACAUGUGCUGUGGAUACAGUCUGUUGUCUUUGCGAUCCUCGCUGGUGGUGUUGUUCUGGCGCUGCAGGUUGUCCAAGACUUGCGAUCCCCGACCUCGGGACUCUACAGCGUGGAGGCGGCACUUGAUGAGAUGGUCGAAGGCCUGCGCAAGGAGCUCCGGCAGCGCCUCGAGGCUGCGCCGGGCGCGCCAAACCACGCGAUCUCCCAGCUGCCUAGCCCCGAGGUUUCGAGCUUCGACGAGAGACUCGCAGAGCGCGAGACCGUCGAGGACUGGCCAUCUUUACAGCCACGAGGGGAGAAGGAGAUCCAGAACAAUCGGCUCUUGCAGUGUGCUUUGGCGGGCUUGGCAUCGGCGGCACUCUUCUUGCCUUCCGUGUUGAUCCUGAAGAACUUCUUCUCCGACCCCGCGCUCCAAGCCAUCCGCGAGGACAACAACGCCCAGUGGUUGCAAAACUGUUUCACCGGGGUAGGUCUAGUCUUUUCGCUGUUUGCGGCACAGACGUUUAGCUUCCUCUACUCGCAGCAGGAGGCGAUCUACCUCGCUGUGUACGGUGAGGUUUCGGAAGCCAAGGCAUUGCUGGAACAGCUGGCCUUAGUUUGUCGUGGCCGGCCUACGCUUGCCGAGGCGUUGGAAGGUCUCCAGUGCUAUGUGCGUGAAGACCUCCGGUGCCUAGACCGGAACCCCGCCAAGUUGUUGGCAGGCACGGCCGUCUCAGAAGGCCGGGCUGUCGACCCUCUCGAGCGUGUUCUUUACCACACCUCCGUUGGUGAACCUUCGGCGGUGUACGACACGGUGAAGGGUCUGCGCGCCGCCCGUGGCCAACGCCUUGGGGCCACGCAGCGGAAGCUCCCACCGCUGCACUUCGCGCUGCUCGCCGCGCUGUCCGUGGCGGAGCUUCUGGUCUUUCCAAUCCUGGCAGCUGGCUGCGCAGCCCUGGAUUCUUCUGGGCUUCCAGCCCUGCCAGGACACAUCCUCUUCUUUCAGGCCAUUCUCUUCGGACUGAUGGCAAGCGCCUUGACAUUAACCUUCUUGGUUCUGUACGAUCUCUGGAGUCCCAUCGGCGACAUUUACAACUUCCAGACUGUGAUCGAAGAGAUGGUGUCGGGGAUGGAAGAGGAGCUUGAGGUCCGUCUAUCAGAUGCUCGGACACUGGCGGACGACAUGGCUUUGGAUGGCCGGCCCGAACGUUGA